AUGACUCAAGACGACGAGGACGUUAGAACAGUCUACAUUGGGAACCUCCCAUUCUCCACAUCUGAAUUGGAGGUCAAGACUCUGUUUGAAGUAUAUGGAAAAAUCAUCAAAAUGAAAACACUGAAUCAAACAAACUCCAGACAAUUCCAUGGUGUCAUGUUUGUUGUUAUGGAGACCAAGGAACAGGCUGACAAAGCCGUCGAAGGUCUAAAUCAAACGAUUUUCGGAAAUAGAAAAUUAAAAGUUUCAAUUGCAGUCAGAAAAGCUCCUGAAAAGGAUUUCAAAGAUGACAGACCACCAUUUGAUUCGAAACCUAGACCUCCAAGGCCAUAUGGUCGCGAUUCAAGGCCAGAUUACCCAGAAGACAGAUAUGAUCUCAGAAAACCAGCAAGCUACAGACCAGAACCGCGAGACCCAUAUCCAAGAUACGAGCAUUCCUCUUCUGGCCGCGUAGAUCGAAGAGAACCAAGAGAUCCUCCUCCAUACGCUCCACGUUCCGAAAGAGAACGCUACGAUUCAUAUUAUCCAAGCCGCAGUUAUCCGGCCGAGCGUUACGACACUCCUCCAAAGUACGGUCGCCAAUACGAAGAAAGAUACGAACCACCGCCUCCUCCUCCAAGAGAAACUGGAUAUUACAGCUACUCACGAAGCGAACAAUACUACGAUAGGCCUUCUUCCUACGCAGCGCCUUCAGAUGACUAUCCAUCGCAAACUAGUUACAAAUAUUCAGAUUAUCCAGCACCACCAAGCUACAAAUCAUCAGAAUACAAACCUCCGUCACCUACAAGAUCGGAAUAUCCUACUCAACCAAGAUCUGAAUAUUCUUCUCAAAGUAGAUCGGAAUACGCUGCUCCAACAAGAUCUGAAUAUCCUACGCAGUCUUCCAGAACAGAAUAUUCAUCAAAAUCUAGAUCAGAAUACGCUCCACCGGCAAGAUCAGAUUAUCCAGCACAAACAGCAAGAGAAUAUCCAUCACAGUCAUCCAGAACAGAGUAUACACCGCAAUCUAUAUCAGAUUACACUCCUUCGUCUAGAUCUGAAUAUUCAGCUCAGACAAGGACAGAUUAUAACCCUUACCCUUCUCCUCCUCAUGAUAAACGCUCGGCUUCUUACGCUGAUCGCACUCCAAGAGAAGAAGAAAAGAAAUCUACUGAACAAACAGCAGAUUACAGAUAUACGGACUAUAAUUCAACAACCUACAAGAAAGACUAUAGAUAA